ACUGGACAGACAGUAGAAGGGUGAAGCGAUACACUCGAGCGCCAAAGAGCGUCCUGCGCGUAAACUGUCUCUGCUUCAGCUCGCCUACACGGACGAUCAUUCAAAACAGCUCCGAGGAUAUUUAGGUUGUGUGCUGGGUAAAUAAAUAUAAAUAUCGGAGCGCACACUGACGUCGCUUUCCAAAACCUCACCGCGGCGCGCAAGAACAAGAGGAUUGCCUACUCCUCGGGACUGCGCUUUAUAUCGUUUCCAAGAGCUUGAUGGGACUAAAUAAACCAUUCACCGAAGAACGUGAAAUGUGGUCAGUAUUAAAUCGAUCUUGUCAUUCAAGAGGCUGAAUUUAUCUUGAUUUUUCCACAUUUUCAGUAUUGAGCGUGGUGUAGACUGGAGCGACCUGCUUAGAGGCGAAAUAUUGUUGUCUGUUAUUUUCAGCGUUGUUUACCCUCUUACAAAUUCUAGAGGCAAGCAAAUAGUCAGACAACAUUUGAUUUUUCCAGUCUACACACUGUCGCAUUGGACUGACUUUUCCAAGAGGUCUCACUCUGAAGAACAACGUGUUUAUGGAUUGCUGCGCAGCAAGGAGCACCGGGAGUUGUAGGCUACGCUCUAAUUCAUCGAUCAUGAUGAUUCCUCGCUGUUGCUGUAAACUUUGAUAGAUGUUUACAGAAAGAACUCAGUAAUAUAGAAAAAACGGUUUAAAUAUAAGCUCAGAGAAGCUUAGAUUGACCUCUGGAGGAAGUGGGAAGCGCCUCUUCGCCCUCCCUUGUUUUUUUCUCCCCAAGACGUCAGGACGGAUCCCUAUCACUCUCUGACUCUCCUUCUGUGAUUUAAACAAAGACCAAAGUGUUUGGGGAUAGCAUGGCAAUGGUAGUAAACCAGUGGCCAGAGAACAUUUCUGCAGAUCCGGGGUCCCAGCUCCAGAUUUGCGGACAGGAGCCCGGCGGGGCACCGGGGACUCCCAACGGUUCCACCCCGGGGAACGACACACUUUCCGGGGACAAGAUCCCCAAUGUGGACUGCAUGGUGUGCGGGGACAAGUCCAGUGGAAAGCAUUACGGUCAGUUCACCUGCGAGGGAUGCAAAAGCUUCUUUAAGCGCUCAGUGAGGCGGAACCUCACUUACACCUGCCGGGGGAACCGAGACUGUCCCAUCGACCAGCACCACCGGAACCAGUGUCAGUACUGCCGACUGAAGAAGUGCCUCAAAGUCGGUAUGAGGAGAGAAGCUGUACAACGAGGACGUACAUCAAACUCCCAGAGCAGCCCAGGACAGUACCUGACCAAUGGCACCGACCCGUACAACGGCCAGCCCUACCUAUCCGGCUUCAUUUCUCUGCUGCUGCGUGCAGAGCCUUACCCCACGUCUCGCUACGGGGCCCAGUGCAUGCAGGGAAACAACCUGAUGGGCAUCGAGAACAUCUGCGAGCUGGCGGCCAGGCUUCUGUUCAGCGCUGUUGAGUGGGCAAAGAACAUCCCUUUCUUCCCUGAUCUGCAGCUCAUGGAUCAGGUGGCGCUGCUGCGCAUGUCAUGGAGCGAGCUCUUCGUCCUCAACGCUGCCCAGUGCUCCAUGCCUCUUCAUGUGGCCCCUCUGCUGGCGGCGGCCGGCCUGCAUGCCUCGCCCAUGUCAGCCGAACGCGUGGUGGCCUUCAUGGACCACAUCCGUGUCUUCCAGGAGCAGGUGGAGAAGCUGAAGGCCCUGCAGGUCGACACGGCUGAAUAUUCCUGCCUCAAGUCCAUUGUGCUCUUCACAUCUGAUGCUAUGGGGCUGUCAGAUGUUGCCCACGUGGAGAGCAUCCAGGAGAAGUCCCAGUGCGCUCUGGAGGAGUACGUAAGGAACCAGUACCCCAGCCAGCCAAACCGUUUCGGACGCCUCCUCCUCCGCCUGCCCUCACUGCGCAUCGUCUCCUCUCCGGUCAUUGAGCAGCUGUUUUUCGUGCGCCUGGUAGGCAAGACACCCAUCGAGACACUGCUUCGUGACAUGCUGCUCUCGGGCUCCAGCUACAAUUGGCCUUACAUGCCCACCGUGCAGCGUGAGCGGCCUAUCUCCCUCCACUACAACGAGAACGGGCCCUGAGGUGGAGGGACAAGACGAAGGAGAAGCUGCGGGAGAAAUUCAGGCUGAACAUCCAUCUGACUACUCAUCUAUUCAUCCUUCCUUCCCUUCAUUCUCUGCGUUCAACUUCUCAACUUUCCCAGAGGAAGCAUCUCCCUCACCAUUCCGCUCAAAUACCCAGUCUGACGAUGUAAUACGUUAUCGUCUCCGGUUACACAAGCCAGCCAAACAUUCACCGUGGCCGAUGCAGAGACUUGGUGGCCCGUUGCAGUCUACAUUUGAGAUGUGGCACGAGAUGGACAGGUUGGUAGAACGGGUUAUUGCGCAGUUCACCAGCAGGUCUGUUGGACUCACUUCAGAUGUCAGUCUCAAACCCCGUGCAGGGGCAGCUAAGGACAAAACAUUUACACCUUUACUGUCGGUGCUAUGCCUACAUUUACAUAGGCUGUGUACAAGCAUCCCAGUAUGGCGAAUACUGAGCAAGGGCUUUGCCAAUAGGACUCUACAACCAAGAGCAAAGGGCCCGUUGUAUAUUUACCAAUUUUUGAAAAGAAAACCAGAAGCCAUUAAAAAAAAGACAAAUGCCAAAAUGUCUUGGACUUUUGCAGAGGACAUGUUUUAUUGUGUGUGUUUGUAUUAGCACUGUUUAUAUGGAGAAAAACUCAUGAUUGUGUCCAUAUGUACAGCAUAUCAUUGAUUCAUAGGCAUCUAUAGCAUAUUAGGGUUCAAUGGGAAAAGCUCAGGUUCAAAGGGUGGGUAGAGAGACAGACAUGCCAAUAUCAAUAUGAGAACAAAAAGACAAACCCAGCUAAAUUUACACUUAACAGCAGACUGUGCCAAAGCGAAAAAAAUGCAUAUUGUUUGGAAUAUUUUUGUGGUAGUGUUGGUGAUGAAAAAAUGUAAUGUUUGGUUUGUCUAUAAUUUGACUAUAUAGGUCUCAGGGGAAGAGAAGGAAUUUAAAAAAAAAUACAAAUAAAAGCUUAGGCACUUGCAUUGUAAAGUAGUCAAAACCGACACUUAUUCACUCCUUAAAAUCACAGCACUGGUAGAUUCUUGCUACCCUUACGCCAUUCAAUCGAUCUACCUUUUUACUUAUUCAAAAGGCCCAUCAUAACUCCUUACAUAAUGUUAUCACAGGAGUGACACGAUUCAUCCCCAUCAUUGUUUUUUUAGUUAUAAUUGUCAAGAAUGGACCUUUUGGACUUUGGGGUGGGAGGGGAGCAUUUUACAAAACUAGCUGUACUUGCCUUAGAACAAAGAUUUUGUCACUGAGCAUUUAUCUUAUGACUGUGCCAUAAUCUCUUGUUACCUGUUAUAACAGGUAUUAUGUCCUGUCAGGAGAGGAAAUGAACUCACACAAUGUAAAAAUGAUUGAUGUGCACAUUAAAGUCAUAGAAAUGUGAUGCAAAAUACAGAGAUUUUUAACGCAUCAAUAGACAAUGUCAAGAAAAACAUCAGCACUUUCAUUUUUUGGACCUCGCGCGAGUUCUUUUCCACUUCCUGAUGAUAUUGUCAUGUAGGGAAAACCCCCUCGACUCAUGUCAUUUGAGCUUAUCGUACCGAUACCGUAGAGAAAUGUAUCACUAACCUCUGAAAACCUCAGUCUAUGUUACAAUAUUAUCCCAGUUGGACUUAUGACUGUGACUUAGCUUAGGACUGUUUUAAAUUGUUUCGUUUUUUUUCUUCCCCUUGGUGGAAGCAAGUUUGAUUUGACAACCUGUCUCACAUUUCCAACAUGGUACUGUGGUAUCAAAAUCAAGUAUUGGUAUUGGAAAAGCCAUCUGGGACCUUAGAAAGCUGUCUGUUGAUAAAUGAAUUCACAGAAAGUUUGAAUGAGUUUGUUUUUAUCCCCUCUACUUUUGUUUGGAAAUAUGGACUAUCCAUUAAUUGAAAUAAAAUUCUGUUGUUCACA